GAAAUUUCGUUAAACCCUAAACCCCAAAGGUCUUGUUUGCUGUAUCUCCUCCAUCGCUCCUGCGCCGCGUUUUCUCUCUCAAGCUCUUAAAAAACCUUUCUUUGAUUUGAUAAUCCUAAAAUCGUUUUUCCGAGGAAACCCUAAUUUCUUGUUCGAACUCGAAAGAUGGGAAUUUUCGAACCGUUUAGAGCAAUAGGUUACAUAACGAGUACGGUUCCGUUCUCCGUCCAGCGAUUGGGUACCGAGACUUUCGUCACCGUCAGCGUCGGCAAAGCUUUCCAGAUUUAUAAUUGUGCCAAGCUCAAUCUAGUCAUAAUCAGUCCUCAGCUUCCAAAGAAAAUUAGAGCUUUAGCUUCUUACCGAGACUACACAUUUGUUGCGUUUGGCAAUGAAAUCGCUGUCUUUAGGCGUGCUCAUCAGGUAGCAACUUGGAGCAAACAUGUUGCUAAAGUUGAUCUUCUACUGGUGUUUGGAGAACAUGUGCUUAGUCUUGACGUGGAAGGAAAUAUGUUCAUAUGGGCAUUCAAAGGAAUCGAAGAACAUCUAGCUCCAAUUGGAAAUCUUCAGCUUACUGGAAAGUUUACCCCUACCUCUAUUGUUCACCCAGAUACCUAUCUCAACAAGGUUCUUGUAGGGAGCCAAGAGGGUCCGCUGCAGCUAUGGAAUAUUAAUACUAAGAAGAUGCUCUAUCAGUUUAAGGGUUGGGGUUCAUCUGUCACCAGUUGUGUUUCAUCCCCUGCCCUGGAUGUUGUUGCAAUUGGUUGUGCUGAUGGAAAGAUCCAUGUACAUAACAUAAAAUUGGACGAAGAGAUCGUAACAUUUGAACAUGCCUCGCGAGGUGCUGUUACUGCUUUGUCUUUCAGUACAGAUGGACGUCCCCUUCUUGCGUCUGGAGGUUCCUUUGGUGUCAUAAGCAUCUGGAAUCUUAACAAAAAAAGGCUUCAGUCAGUCAUUAGGGAUGCACAUGACAGUUCUAUAAUCUCAUUGAACUUUUUAGCCAAUGAGCCGGUGCUAAUGAGUGCAUCAGCAGAUAACUCACUUAAAAUGUGGAUUUUUGACACAAAUGAUGGUGAUCCUCGCCUAUUACGCUUCCGAUCUGGGCAUAGUGCUCCUCCUCUAUGUAUCAGGUUCUACUCUAAUGGACGGCACAUUUUGUCUGCUGGCCAGGAUCGUGCCUUCCGCCUGUUCUCUGUCAUCCAGGAGCAACAAAGUAGAGAGCUUUCUCAAAGACACAUUUCUAGGCGAGCCAAAAAACUCCGACUGAAGGAGGAAGAGUUGAAAUUGAAGCCUGUUGUUUCAUUUGAUUGCGCUGAAAUUAGGGAGCGUGAUUGGUGCAAUGUUGUUACUUGCCAUAUGGAUACAGCAGAAGCAUAUGUAUGGAGACUUCAGAACUUUGUACUUGGAGAGCAUAUCCUCAAACCAUGCCCUGAGAAUCCAACACCAAUUAAGGCAUGUGCAAUCAGUGCCUGUGGAAACUUUGCAGUAGUCGGAACAGCUGGUGGAUGGAUUGAGAGAUUCAACCUCCAAUCUGGAAUCAGCCGGGGUAGUUACUUCGAUAUGUCAGAGAAAAGAAGGUACGCCCAUGAUGGAGAAGUUAUUGGAGUUGCUUGCGACUCCACAAACACACUCAUGAUUAGUGCAGGAUAUCAUGGGGACUUAAAGGUUUGGGAUUUCAAAAAGCGGGAAUUAAAGUCCCAGUGGGAUGUCGGAUGUUCGUUGGUUAAAAUUGUCUACCACCGUGUAAAUGGUCUUUUGGCUACAGUGGCGGAUGAUUUUGUUAUCCGUUUAUAUGAUGUUGUGACACUAAAGAUGGUUCGUGAAUUUAGAGGUCAUACAGACCGUAUAACGGAUUUGUGCUUUAGUGAGGAUGGCAAAUGGGUCAUCUCAUCUAGCAUGGAUGGAAGUCUUAGAAUAUGGGAUGUCAUAUUGGCUAAGCAGAUUGAUGGUGUGCAUGUCGAUGUGCCAAUAACAGCAUUGUCUUUAUCACCAAAUAUGGACGUUUUGGCAACUGCCCACUCUGAUCAGAACGGGGUCUACUUGUGGGUUAACCAAUCCAUGUUCUCUGGGCUUCCAAGUGUUGAAUCUUAUGCUAGUGGGAAAGAUGUCGUAAAUGUCAAGUUGCCUUCAGUCUCUGCAUUGACAUCUUCUGAAGCUGAUGAUGAUAUGGACAGGCAAGUGUUAGAAAAUUCUGAAGCUCUACAAGCUAGCAGUUUCUCAAUUUCCCAAAAGCAGAUCCCAGAACUUGUUACUCUGUCUCUAUUGCCAAAAAGCCAAUGGCAGAGUUUGAUCAACUUGGAUAUUAUUAAGGCCCGCAAUAAACCAAUAGAGCCUCCAAAGAAACCUGAAAAGGCUCCUUUUUUCUUGCCCUCAAUUCCCUCGCUGUCUGGAGAUAUAUUAUUCAAGGCAAAUGACUCUGAGGCUGAUGGGGAGAAUGAGGAAAAUAAUAAAAAGGACCAGAAUAGCAUGAAGAACUUUGAUGCAUUGGAAUCUCCAUUCUCAAAACAUCUCAAGUCUUCAUGGGAUUCAAAACACUUUUUAGAUUUUACCAACUACAUGAAGAGUUUAUCCCCGUCAGCUCUCGACAUGGAGCUUCGGAUGCUUGAAAUCAUAGAUGAAGAUGUUGAAGAAGAGCUUAUCAAAAGACCUGAGUUUAUAUUGAUUGGGCAACUUCUGGAUUACUUCAUCAACGAGGUCUCUUGCAAAAACGACUUUGAGUUUAUGCAGGCGGUUGUGAAACUAUUUCUGAAGAUCCACGGUGAGACCAUAAGGUGCCACCCGAGUUUACAAGAGAAGGCGAAGAAGCUUUUAGAAACUCAGAGUUUGGUGUGGCAGAAAAUGGAGAAGCUUUUCCAGAGCACAAGAUGCAUAGUUACCUUCCUUAGCAAUUCACAGUUUUGAAGAAGCUUACUAACUUAUUGCUCUGUUUUUGAUGUUGCUCUGUUUUUUCACAAAAAUAGCAAUUUUGAAGAAGCUUAAUAUAUUGCCCUGUCUUUUAGCAUUAACAUGUAUCAAAUGGAACAUGUCAACGUUAUCCUGAAUUGGAUGAUAGGGUUUAAAUUCCGUGAGAAAUCAUAAAAUCUGC